CUCCACAGGCGCUCUCAGCGGAGUCUUCAUGAGGAACACAUGUGGGAGCAUCUUUACAAACUUAUGUACAGGCUUAAAAACACUUCAUUUUGUUUGGCUCGUCGACUGUUAAACUACAGUUCCGAACCGUAAACACGGGUGAGGAUUAAAAAACUGACAUGAGAAAAAACUCCGCGGCUUUAACAAAGAUUCAGACAUUUGAAGGAUGAAUUUAUCAUAUCCAUACACACUUUGUCUUUUGCUAUCCGUCUUAUCAACGUACGACUGUAACGAGGCGAUACAGGGUUGUAUGGAUAAGCAGAGGGUGAUGGGGAUAUUUCGUCAAAUGGAGAAGUUUCUAAAAGGACAAGAGAUCCGAUUCAUGGAAGGGCUUCGGAUUAUGAAGUCCAAACUCACCAAUCUUCAAAACUCUGUGUCCAAGUUCCCACAAGCAGACCAGUCCUCAUCCCAAUUCUCGUGUCCAUCUCUGGUGGCUCCAACCCACGGAAGGAAGUUUGGCUCCAAGUACCUGAUGGGCCAUGAGGUCCAUUUCACAUGUUCUCAGGGUUAUCACUUGGUGGGGCCAGGGACACGCGUGUGUCAGGAGAACGGCACCUGGAGUGGUGUCAGUGUCGUCUGUAGAGAUGUGAGCGUGUGUUCCAGUAACCCGUGUCAGAACGGUGGCACCUGUGUGGAGAGUCUUAACCAGUACAAGUGCACCUGUCCACACAACUGGAGCGGGAGCCACUGUCAAUACCAGACGCAGACAGCCCCUCCAGAAUGGAGCGUCAUGAACGAUCCGGCUUUUAGCCGUAAACCUCGCUGUGCUAAAGUGGACCGGGCCCAGCACUGUAGCUGUGACGCUGGAUUCCACAUGAGCGGAACGUCAGACAACAGCAUCUGCCAGGAUGUGAAUGAAUGUGAGGUUUAUAAGGCUGAUCGUGGAGGGCCUCUGUGCGGCCACGCCUGCAUAAACGUGCCGGGAUCGUACUACUGUUCCUGCCCCACAGGAUAUAAACUGCUCGCUGAUGGAAGGAGCUGUGAGGAUGUGGACGAGUGCCUUACACAACAGCACAACUGCAGUCGUGGCACCACCUGUAUCAACACCGGAGGAGGUUUCCAGUGCGUUAACCCCGAGUGUCCGCGCUCCCUCGGCAACGUCAGCUAUGUGAAGACCUCACCUUUCCAAUGUGAAAGGAAUCCCUGCCCAAUGGAGAGCCGCGCCUGUCCGUUUGCCGCAAAGACCAUUUCUUACCACUACCUAUCUCUGUCCUCGAACCUGCGCACACCAGCCACCCUGUUCCGAAUGGCCACCGCAACCGCUCCGGGUCGGCCGGGCCCGGAUAGCCUCCGUUUUGGCAUCGCCAGUGGAGGUGACGCCCGUAUGUUCGUGAUGCAGCGCUCAGACCGUCAAACCGGAGAGCUGAUCCUGGUUCAACCGCUGCGAGGCCCACAAGAGCUCAGUGUGGAAGUAGAGAUGGCCGAGUACGCUGACCGCAGCUUCCAAGCCAAACAUCUGGCUCGAGUCAACAUUCUGGUUUCGCCGUACGAGUUCUGAAGAGGGCGAGUCAUCUAAUUGAGCUGUAAAGUGUGUAAAUUGAGUGUUGAUGUUUAGACUUGGUGACCGAAAAGGCGAAGAGGAUGUUCUCCUUAUUGUUAAAGUUCAAUGAAAGAGUUGUUCUUAGAGGCUGCUCGGAUCUUGACGUCAAAAAUGAAAGAUAUGAAAUGUACAGUGGAAAGUUACUACAAUUAUUAAAAUUAAUAACUCUAGACGACUCAUAUAAAAAUGCUUUUGCUUUAACUGCCGGUACAUUUUUGUCUAAAAGGGAAGUGUGUAAUUGUUUGGAUGUUAAAAUACUUUUACUUAUCAUGGUUUAAUGUGCAAAGACUUAUUUAGAAUAAAUAAAUAAUGAUAACGAAGCCAUUUGUAAGUUGUGUAAACACCGUUGCACUUUCAAAACAUUGCUCUGUUGACAUGUCAACUUCUGGUUCAACCAAUGGUGUAAGUUUGGGGCGGGACUACCUGUUUGUAAUGUACAAUAGAAGAGAAGAGGUGGUAGGAGUGUUUAGGAAACCUGUUUGGAAACAGUUAUUACUUUUGUAAUCUCAUUGUGCUAGUGGCACACACUUCACCUUUAAAGUACCAACACAAACGGCAACUUACCAGUGCGCGGCUGGAUCACAAAUUACAGUUAUGGCCGAUAUGAAGCAUAUGCAGGGUUGUUUUAAAUAGAAAUGUAAAUUAGACUUAUAGAAUCAGUUUACUAUACCUACAUUUCUGCACAAUGUUUUUUUAUGUGCCUCGGACGUAUUGCGGCUUGAAAUGAACACUAGAGGCGCUAUAACAAUAAUGACUUUUAUUUACUUUCGCACAAAUCAUGAGUAAAACAACAGAUUAUCAGUUCAUAAACAUUUACUUUUCGACCUGUUCCUCACACAAUGCUAUCUUAUGACAACUAAACACUUUUACUAUAGCGCGUGACUUG